AUGCCUGGAGUAGACAAAAGCAAGGAUCCAACGAGCAGCGAAGAAAGCGUACAGAAGAUCACCAAAGCGUUCAAUGAUGGCUUAUUGAACAACAAAUCCCUCAGGAAGGAGUUUGCAUUGGACAACAAUUUCCAUAUCUCCAAAGUUGAACGCUGGACAAGCGAGAAGAAGCGCCUGGUUGCGUCCAAGCCAGCUGAAUCUCAAACUGUUAAAGAAAAGGCUGAGCUGAUGUCUGAUAAUUUGGAUUUGGAGGAUAGAAAGCCUUUCUUCGGCACAGACGGCUCGACUAUCCCAUUCCAAUUACUGCACCAGCCAUAUAUAUCAAGUGGCUUUUGCAAUUCUGGUUUGGGAACAAGCGCCGCCUGUGCUUUUGAUGCGAACAGCAACUCGUUCCCCUUCCAGCCAGUAGCUAGUGCGGCGAAUUUAGCGAGUACCAGGGAUAUAGCGAGUAGAGCGAAUUUAGCGAAUACAGUAAACACAGCAAACACUCAGGCCAUCGCCAACCCAACACCACUGCACGUCUAUCUCAACCUUCAGGCGACCAUUUCGUCCAAAGCAUUUGCAGCUUCCGUAUGGAACCUCGCCAACAGCGGCAGACUGGUCGUUAUGCCUGAGUCCUCAGCAUACAAUCAUGAAAGACAGCGUGGUCCGGUGACGGAAACUCUCGCGCCAUCGAAUACAGAAUCGUUCAGUGCAUUUAUUGAGCAAUAUUACGAAUCGCUAAGCGGCACAAAUAGGCAAGUUGUGAAUAGUACAAUUGCGAAUGAUGAAGCUGCUCCAGCAGCAAAUGUUAAUGCAAACGCAAACGCAAACGGUCCAAUAGAUUUGGCAUCUCCAUUCGAGCCAAACCUCUUCAAGCCAAAUUCCAAUUCGUUCACGACGCCAUUCAAGAAGUGA